AUGGGUAACUCGCAGAGAAAGAUUCCUCCCUGUCGCAUGCAGAGGAGGAAGAGGAGUAGGAGAGGAGGAAGACAGGAGAAGGACAUUGCAGCUGUCUCUAACCUGGAUGUGGAGAGUAAGCUAACAGUGCACUACCAGGCCCCAUGGCACCAGCACCACAACGUGUUUCACCCCUGCAGCCGGCCGCCAUGCGUAGAGGAGCUCCACAGACAUGCCAAGCAGAGCCUGCGAGCCAUGCACAGAGACCAACAGCAACGUCAACGGUCGAACAGCCGCGAGCGCAGAGUGACCAUCUCCAUCUCUGGGGCUCCUCCAAUGCCCACCCUCCCUUCCCCACGCACCCUCAGACGGCACGAGCAGAGGGGCAGGGGAUACACAGAGAGACACGUGAGAGAGACAGACAUCCAGACAAUACACAGAAAGGAGAGACCUGGAAGGGAGGGUCACUGUCCCACUAUACAGAGAAAGUAUGACCGUACCCGCUCCCCCUCCCCCACUGAAUGUUGCCUCUUCACCCCAUGGACCAGAAAGGCUGCCCCUACCACUGACCCUGAUGCUGAGCCUGCAGUGGCCCACAGGUCUACUGGUGCUAUCCCCAACCCCCCCUCCACACUGGACAAGCAGACCAACUGGUCCAAGGCCCUGCCUCUGCCCACCCCUCAGGAGAGGAUGAAGAGUGACCCAGCAGUCGUGUCCUCGUGCAUCAUCCCCAUCAACGUCACUGGGGUGGGGUUCGACAGGGAGGCUAGUGUGCGCUGCUCCCUGGUACACUCCCAGUCUGUGCUGCAGAGGAGGAGGAAGCUGAGGAGGAGGAAGACCAUCACCGGGAUCCCCAGACGAGUUCAACAGGACAUGGACUCUGAUGAGUCUCCAGUGACAAGGGAAAGGACAGUGGUGGUCCACACCAACCCUCACCUGUCCCUCUGUCAGGAGGAGCUGUCCCUCCGAGGGGGACACACCAAGGACUCCGGCUGCCAGACGGACGACUGCCUGACCGGUGGCGGUGGCGCCCCGUCCAGGAGACGUAUACGUGCCCAGCGCGGCGGCCAGGGGGGCAUCCCCGCCUCCCUCUCCCACUCCACCGGGAACAUCUCCUCACUCCCCGACCACCCUGACACCGCCAUGUACACCGCCUCCGGCUCCCGCCUCCGCUCCCGCAGCCUCCCCCGCGAGGGCGGCCGCAUACGCGACGAGGACCAGGACGACAGUGACGAAGAUGAGGAUGAUGAUGACGACGAUGAUGACGAAGAUGAGGAGCUCUCUCCAUACGAGACGGAGGACUUCCUCCCGGGAACGGGGCCAAGGAUGUUAAAAGAGGAGGAGGAGAGUACGGAUGACCAGGCCAUGCCAGAGCUGCAGCUGGGGAGUCUGAAGAGAAUACAGCAAGGAGACGGGGGGAGUCCAGAACACAUGUGGAUGGAGAGGGGUCGCUCCCGCCUCCCCCGUCAGGUCGACAUGGGGAACUGUGAGAUCUCCUCCAGCUCAGACACCUUCAGCAGCCCCAUCCACUCUGUCUCUACUACGGGGGUGCUGAGAGGACAGAUAGACCACAAGGAGGACCACCAGUCGUCCAGUGGUAACUGGAGUGGCAGCAGUUCCACAUGCCCCUCCCAGACCUCUGAGACACUCCCCCCCGCCGCAUCCCCCCCUCUGACCGGCUCCUCCCACUGUGACUCGGAGCUGUCGCUCAACGCCGCGCCGCACGCCAUCGAUGACCUCACCGGCUUUAUCAUCGACCCCUACCAUUCGGAUCAGCCGCAGGGCCAGGGUCAUAGGUCCAGCUCCUUCACCUCCUCAGCCACUGACCAGCUGGAUGAUGCAGGGGUCAGUACUGCCAGCGAGGGAGAGUGGACCUACCCUCAAGACCAGGCUGAUCAGGACCAGCUGUGUAGUCAGGACUUCAGCCCCAGGCGUUCGUCCAGGGGGGACCAGACCAGGAUAGACUUCACCAACAUCAGCAGCUACGACGGCUUCUCAGACCGAGCUCCCCCUACUGCUGCAGCAGACUCCCAGGGCUUCUACUCAUCCUCCAUGCACUUUGACUCCAUGCAGGGCCAGAGUUACAGGAGAUACAUGUACAACUAUGCAGCAGUGGGCUCUGGCGCUGACUGUGGCCAGGGUAAUACUGUGGGCGCUACGCCUGGUGAGGGAGAGGGCAUGGCUGGGUAUCCUCCUCAGUCCUCUGACUACAGGGGAGCCACCCUGACGCUAGGGAGGCCGUGUCGUCCGCUGAAGAAACCAAAGGUCAAGCCACCCCCACCAAAACGGAGCUCCUCGCUGAAGGAGACGUGUAGCGCUGGUGCUCCAGAGAACAUCCCCCCUGAGCAGGGCAAUGAGCAGGGCGAUGAGCAGGGCGAUGAGCAGGGCGAUGAGCAGGGCAAUGAGCAGGGCGAUGAGCAGGGCAAUGAGCAGGGCAACCAGGACCAACCAAAGAUUCAUAGUAGUGGGCAGACCCAGACCCUGAACCUGCCCAUGUCUUCCAGAGACAGAGAGAUGAGGCUGCAGCUGGACAUGGCCAGCCCGGGGGAGGUGGAGAAUCCUGGGUUGGAGGCUGAGGUGUUGGGUGGUGGUGGUACCUGGGGGAUGGGGAGCCCCAGGAGCCCCAGGACUGUGGAGAUGACGGAGCCCACCUCGUUCGGGUCCACUGACACUCACUCUUUCAAGGACGAGGGCGCCGUUCAGUCUGACUAUGCAGACCUCUGGUUCCUCAACGACUUGAAAUCCCAAAAUAACCUGGACCCCAACGGCUCCUUGUCCAACUCCAGCACUGCUACGGGUACUACUGUUAUUGAAUGCAUCAAGUCGCCGGUGGACAGCUCCUCCUCUCCCGGGGGAGAGACCCAGGCAUUGAUGCAUUCCUCCGGAUCUUGUUCCAGCUCCUCCAGGCCCACCUCCCCUCCUCUUCCCCCCGGGGAUGGAGACUUCAAGCUGGGCUCUCCUGAGAAGCUGGCCGGCCUCGCCUCGCCCUCCAGCGGAUAUUCCAGCCAAUCGGAGACGCCCACGUCUUCAUUCCCAUUAGCGUUCUUCCCCGGCCCGCUCUCUCCGACCAGCGGGAAACGGAAACCCAAAGUCCCCGAGAGGAAGUCUUCUCUAUCCUCGCUGCAGCACCAGGCCCAGACCCAGUUCUCUAGCUCGGCCUCUGGAUCCUCCUCUUCCUGUUCCUCUUCCUCUUCCUCGUCAUCCAGGAAGGACUAUGACUUCCCGGCUCCACCCACCCAGCUGGACUUAAGUUCUCUUCACAGCGCCCAUGGCAGCCGGCCGUUACCCACUCUGGCCCACCGGACCCACAUGCACACGCUGCACCAGAACAAGCAGAGGGCAGCAGCAGCAGCAGAGGCCCGGGCCACCGCGUGUAACACUGCAGCCGUUAACGCUAAUGCUAGUGCUACAGCUAGUGCUAACGCUAACGCUAGUUCUAAUGCUAACGCUAGUGCUAGUGCUAACGCUAGUGCAGCCCCCUCUGGGUUUAUCAAUGGAUCCACUCUGACUCCAGAGGCCCCACUUGCUGCCAACCCCAUGGCCCUGGCCAUCACCCCCACUGUGCUGCGCUCCGUCCAGCUACGUUCCAUCGGCCACAGGGCCACCGAUGGUUCUCAGCCCCAGGCCCGGGGCCAGGCUCAGGGUGCUCAGGGCCAGGAGCCUCCACCACCACAAGCAUGGGCCCACGAGGCUUCAGGGGCCCCUGCCACCAGACCCAAGAUGCCCAGUGUAACCAUCGUGACCCCCCACUCUGACACCAACACCAGGCCCCUGCCACCCAGGAGACCCAUCGCCCAGAAACCCCCACCACCACCGACCCAGGACCCCCACCACCCUUCUCAGGAGCACCACCACUCUGUACCCCAGCCCCAGCACCACCCCACCCCCAUGCAGCACCCGGACGGCCCCCCGACCUAUGAGAGCCUGGCCAGGCACCGGCAGGACCGCUACAGCCCCGGAACCUUCUGGGCAAUGACGGCGUUCCGGACGCGCCCUGCGGAACCUUUGGAACUUGAGGAACCCACGCACCGAGCGCCACCGCCAACUCCGGAACCCGUGAUUCCUACUACACACCCGGAGUGCCACGUGCUAGGGGAACGGAUAGAGGAUGAAGAAGACGAGGAGGAGGAAGAGCACGAUAGAGAGAUAUCAAGGGUUAUGAGUCACAGUCAAGGCCUCAUUAGAGAAUAUCGAGAAUAUCAUCAAAGAGAUCAUCCAAGGGAACCACCGACGUACGAGACGCUAGAGGAGUCCCACUCAUAUCAGUCCCAGUCACAUUAUCACAGCCAGUCACAGACACACUCCUGUCACAGUCAAAUGGUCCAGAGGUGGGACUUGGGCCCAAGCAGCGGUCCUGACAAAGUGCCCGGUGUAACGGUGGAAGCAUCACACCCUUACUCAAUCAGCCAUGUGAUAGAUCUAAGAGGUCGGAGCGGAGAGGACCGCUAUGAGAUGACAUCAUCAGGGGUUCCUACCAGAAGUGCCUCUCAGGAUAACAGCAGAGAUGACUCCACCACACCGGACACAGAGGACUACUUCAGCAAAGAGUCUACUAGUCCCAGUGAUAACUCGCUCUCUCCUCUGACUGACGAAACAACCAAACCUGAUGAUGAUGUUGUCUUCAUGUCGCCCAGCAAAUCACGUACUACCGAAGACCUGUUCGCUAUGAUCCACAGGUCCAAGAGAAAAGUCCUGGGCCGUAAAGACUCUGGAGAGCUGAGUGGGAAGAGCCGUCUGUGUCCUCCUCCGGCUGCCGUCGUUCCACCUGCAGCUAUCCUCCCAGCCAUCCCCCCUCCGCCCCCUCUCAUCAUCCCCCCCGCCCCAGCCCUCUCCACCCUGACCGCGGCCGGGACCCAGCGCACCCCAGGACCCAUCUACCGCAGCGCCAAGAAGUCCAGCACCUCCAACGAGGAGUUCAAGCUGCUUCUCCUGAAGAAGGGCAGUCGGACUGAUUCCAGCUACCGCAUGUCUGCUACAGAGAUCCUCAAGAGCCCCAUCGCCCCUAAGUCCCCUGGGCACCCCUUGGCUGCUGAGGGCCAGGUCAGGUACCCCACCGAGGAGCCCCCCUCUCCCCUGCAGGAGCCAUCAUUGCAGGCGGACGGGGAGCAACUCUUCCCCCCCAGCCUCUUCCCCAGGCCCAGUUCAGACAGCUUCAGCCCUAAAACACCCCCACGUCGGCUUCGUCCAGACAGGGCGCUCCCGGAUCCCCCUGCAGCCAAUAGUAGUCGCUACAGCACCCGUAGCCGACUCUAUACGGCACCCAUGCAGGUCAUAUCAGAGGGGGAGACUGAGAACUCAGAUGGGAGUCCCCAUGAUGAUCGCUCCGCGUAAUGAUCGCUCUGCUCAGUGCAGAAACAUGUACCCUAAUCCUUAUUUGGUGUGCUACUUUUGAUCAGGGCCCAUAUAAGGAAUAGGGUGCCAUUUGGGACGAAGACAUAUUUAUAUGGAUCUGGUUCAGUGCUGUUACUGUUCUUAUCUACUGAGUACUGACGGAUACACAACUCAACAAAGAGGGUAUAACCAGAGAGAAGACUACUCUGGACUGCCUGCCUGGGGGUUUGAUAUCUUGGUGCAGAACUGAAGAACACAACUUUGUGUUUUGUUCAGAGUGUAAAGAAAGAUUUUUUUUUUUCUUGUUUUGAACUUUGAACUCCCUUUUUAAAUAACCCAAGAUCCUGUAUUGAGUGAAACGUGGACAAGAGGAUAAAAAUGGAGCGGUAAAGACAACCUGUGUGUGUGUUGGAGCCUAAUGGAACAUCCAUCGUCAUUUUUUAUCUUCUUGGAUGUUGGAUGACUUGUAUGUCGUGUCCUAACGUGACCCUAAAAUAACUGCUUUCCGAAAGAAUUGCAUUUCUCUCUACACUUACACAGAGGACAGGUCAUUAUUUCAACCAUAAACAAAAUAUUCCCAGUCGACAAAAAUGAAUAAGCUAUAUGUUUUGUAUUGCUACCGCCCCAACACAAAACAAUGGACUGUGAUCACUAUUGACAACCAUGUGUCAAAGUAUUGUUUUACCAAGAGUGAGUUAACAACACACAUAGGUCAACAUGCCAUCCUCACAUAGAUAAACUACAUGUAAAGGAAUAGGAAUGACCUAUGACCCUAGAAGAGCUCUCAGUGCAGGGAUUCCUGGCAGGGACACAUAAGGGAAAUAUUUGGUCUUGUUGAAGUGAUGUGGUGCAGAUGUCAAGGUGUCAGAAGAGAUGAUGGGACAAUCGUGUUGUGGCCUUUCUGCGCUGGAGGGCCAAGCAUGCCGGGGAUUGACUCGUGCUGUGGCCUUUCUGCGCUGGAGGGCCAAUCAUGCCGGGGAUUGACUCGUGUUGUGGCCUUUCUGCGCUAGAGGGCCAAGCAUGCCGGGGAUUGACUCGUGCUGUGGCCUUUCUGCGCUGGAGGGCCAAUCAUGCCGGGGAUUGACUCGUGUUGUGGCCUUUCUGCGCUAGAGGGCCAAGCAUGCCGGGGAUUGACUCGUGUUGUGGCCUUUCUGCGCUAGAGGGCCAAGCAUGCCGGGGAUUGACUCGUGCUGUGGCCUUUCUGCGCUGGAGGGCCAAGCAUGCCGGGGAUUGACUCGUGCUGUGGCCUUUCUGCGCUAGAGGGCCAAGCAUGCCGGGGAUUGACUCGUGUUGUGGCCUUUCUGCGCUGGAGGGCCAAGCAUGCCGGGGAUUGACUCGUGCUGUGGCCUUUCUGCGCUGGAGGGCCAAGCAUGCCGGGGAUUGACUCGUGCUGUGGCCUUUCUGCGCUGGAGGGCCAAGCAUGCCGGGGAUUGACUCGUGCUGUGGCCUUUCUGCGCUGGAGGGCCAAGCAUGCCGGGGAUUGACUCGUGCUGUGGCCUUUCUGCGCUGGAGGGCCAAGCAUGCCGGGGAUUGACUCGUGCUGUGGCCUUUCUGCGCUGGAGGGCCAAGCAUGCCGGGGAUUGACUCGUGCUGUGGCCUUUCUGCGCUGGAGGGCCAAGCAUGCCGGGGAUUGACUCGUGCUGUGGCCUUUCUGCGCUGGAGGGCCAAGCAUGCCGGGGAUUGACUGACUACUCUAGAGGAGAUAUUUACGACUCUAAAAACAAACAAAGAGAGAAAAGCUAUGGAGGGUCUUUCCCACUAAUGUUUGGCUAGCUAGCUGGGAGGUUGAAAUGGAUCGGGUUUUCAAAGCCUAACUUCUCCUUUGCACUUCGUCAUUAUGAAUUCUUCAAGAAUAUUCCUUGAGAAAAAUAAAACUAAUCUUAUAAUGGAAAAUUCCUAUUGUGUAUAUUUGUAUUGAAUAUAAAAGAACAUAGCUAUAUGAAGAGACAUACAAAAGAUUUUUUAACGUCACAAACCCAUCAUUUGUAGCAGAGUGGAUUGGGGACGUAGAAAUUGAAUAACUACAUUCUAGAAUGACUAGAUUCUGUUUCUAUGGGGAUAGGUGGGGGGGGGGGUGCAAUCUUUCCGUAGUUCCGUAACAUCAGUAGCCAGGGGCACGUCGCAAAGCCCAACACAUGAAUCAUACAACCUUAUUAAGAGAAACAACAAAUCAUCAGUCCUUGUGAAAAUAUCGGUUGAAUCUUUAAGAUUUCACUCAAAUAUUACGCUUCUCUCUAGUGUUUUUUCUUUCAGGUUUUAAGCUAAUUUAACAUAACAAAUGGGUUAUACAUUUUAAGUAAUGACAUUCUGGUGAACAGACCAAUCUUGAAGAGUUGUGUUUCUACAUUGAAAAACAAACUGUAGAUCAAUGAAGUCACUCAGUGUGUUCUAUGAAUACCUCUGCAACCAUAUUACUGUUCGUUUGUACAGAUCUAACAUAGAGAUACAUAGAUAAAAGGACAACUGUUACUCAGCGAAAUUUGAAUUGCAGAACUAACUGAACUGACACUGUGUACGAGGUUACAGGAGGAAACAAGCUGUGAACUCAUUAGAAUUUGACAUGAAUUAAUAUCUGUUGCUGCAGAGCACUGUUGUGUUCGUUGUUUUCGUCGUAUUUUCAUCUAUCGCAUGCAAUAAACAAAAAAACACCAUAUCAUUUUCAAGAGGGGAAAUAUCUGUUAGAGAUACUACCACGAGAAAGAUAUCGAAUUUUCAGUUUCAUUUUUGAAUAUGUAAAGUUGGGUGUAAUUCAAUAUAUGUACAAAAUGUUUGACAAUUCUGUUUUGUAUAGUUGUGUUCAUGGACAGGGGGGUAUCUUGUACUGUAAAAUGAACAAAAAUGACUGGACAAUCAAACAGAGAAUUUGGAAAAACGUAAGAAAGCUAUAAGAGUACGUAGGUUCCAGGUAAGGGAUGAGUAUGUUCUGGAGUUAGUUAUUACGUAGGUUCCAGGUAAGGGAUGAGUACGUUCUGGAGUUAGUUAUUACGUAGGUUCCAGGUAAGGGAUGAGUACGUUCUGGAGUUAGUUAUUACGUAGGUUCCAGGUAAGGGAUGAGUACGUUCUGGAGUUAGUUAUUACGUAGGUUCCAGGUAAGGGAUGAGUACGUUCUGGAGUUAGUUAUUACGUAGGUUCCAGGUAAGGGAUGAGUACGUUCU